GAAGUCAGUCAUGUUUCCUCAUCAUUCACCAGUCUCCUUGUGUCUCCUCUCUUUUCGUUCCACGUGUUUCUCAUUCUGCCCUGAAAUUUCAAGAACCAAGAAUAUUAUUUUUUGUACUUAAUCCCCAAAAUUCAAUCUUGUAGAAACCUCAAACCCCAUAAAAUACUAGUUGAUUUUUUUCCAAAAAAUGGAAAUUUCUUUCCAAAAAAAUGUAAUCUCAUAUUUCCUUGUUUGCUUGCUAUGUUUCACCCAAUUUUCUUCAAUUUCUUGUGAGAAAAAAGUUUCUUUGACUUUGUAUUAUGAAAGUCUCUGUCCUUACUGUUCCAAUUUCAUUGUUAAUUACUUACCUAAGAUUUUCAAGAAUGGGAUGAUUGAUAUUGUUGAUUUUAAGCUUGUUCCAUGGGGAAAUACUAAGCUUCAACCAGACAAUACCUUCAAAUGCCAGCAUGGAAAAGAUGAAUGCAUUUUGGAUACUGUAGAGGCGUGUGCAAUUGAUGCAUGGCCAGAUUUGAGUGAACACUUCCCUUUCAUUUACUGUGUGGAAAGUCUGGUCUACCACAAGAAUUAUACCCAAUGGGAAACAUGUUUUGAAAAACUGAAUUUGAAGAAAAAACUUGUUACUGAUUGUGUCCUCAGUGGGCGAGGGAACGAGCUCGAACUACAGUAUGCGGCUGAGACGAAUGCCCUUCAACCUCCACAUAAAUAUGUGCCGUGGGUUGUUGUUGAUGGUCAACCACUUUACGAUGACUACAUGGACUUCAUUAGCUUCAUCUGCAAAGCGUACAAAGGAACUACCCCGGUCCCUAGUUGCAGCUCAUCCAUUAACGUCAUUAAAAUUGGAAGGAAGUUUAAUCCUUUCUGUUUAAAGCAGACAGCCAUGUCCAAGUUAUCAACUGUAAGUUCGGCUAUCACAUCAUGGUUGAACCGCGCUAAGCUCACUGCAUCUGCAUAAUACUACAGUCCACAGAACUCGUUGGUGCAGCAGAUUCACGUUUUUCGUUUUAUGAAAUGAUGAGAUACUGUAGUUGGUUUAUGCAAUUGUAAUAUACUUGUCAUGAUGGAUGAUAAUGAAGAAGGUGCUUAGUUCUCUCUAAUCAGCUGUUGAUGGGAAAUGUGGUAAUAUGAGAACUCGGAAACAGAAAAAAAGUUAGUAAUAAGGUCUGCGUACGUACAUUCUAUCCUCUUCAGAUUUUAUUCGUAAUAUUUCACUCUAUAUGUAGUCGUUGGUUGAUUUUUGAUUUGGAUAUAGAAAGUGUGGGUUUUCAUAAGUUGUCUACAUCUAAUAAGUAGCCAUGAAAUUGAUUCUGAAUUAAUAUGAUCUUAUUUUAUAUUUUGA